GAGGGGCGGCGGUGGACGUGGUAUACUUGGACAGAGGGGCGGCGGUGGACGUGGUAUACUUGGAGAGGGGCAGCGGUGGACGUGGUAUACUUGGACAGAGGGGCGGCGGUGGACGUGGUAUACUUGGACAGAGGGGCGGCGGUGGACGUGGUAUACUUGGACAGAGGGGGCGGCGGUGGACGGGUAUACUUGGACAGAGGGGCGGCGGUGGACGUGGUAUACAUGGACAGAGGGGCGGCGGUGGACGUGGUAUACUUGGACAGAGGGGCGGCGGUGGACGUGGUAUACUUGGACAGAGGGGCGGCGGUGGACGUGGUAUACUUGGACAGAGGGGCGGCGGUGGACGUGGUAUACUUGGAGAGGGGCAGCGGUGGACGUGGUAUACUUGGAGAGAGGGGCAGCGGUGGACGUGGUAUACUUGGAGAGGGGCAGCGGUGGACGUGGUAUACUUGGAGAGGGGCAGCGGUGGACGUGGUAUACUUGGAGAGG